CCUGUGCAGUUCGGGCACUGUAGCCAUCAUGAAUGACACAGUAACGAUCCGGACCAGGAAGUUCAUGACUAACCGUCUGCUUCAGAGGAAACAGAUGGUUAUUGAUGUCCUUCACCCUGGGAAGGCUAUAGUACCAAAGACUGAAAUUCGGGAGAAGCUAGCCAAAAUGUACAAAACCACACCAGAUGUCAUCCUUGAGUUUGGAUUCAGGACCCACUUUGGUGGCGGCAAAACAGCUGGCUUUGGCAUGAUCUAUGAUUCUCUAGAUUAUGCUAAGAAGAAUGAGCCCAAACACAGACUGGCAAGACACGGCCUCUAUGAGAAGAAGACGACCUCCCGGGAACAGCGGAAGGAGCACGAGAACAGAAUGAAGAAGGUCAGGGGCACCGCCAAGGCCAAUGUUGGUGCUGGCAAAAAGUGAGUGGAGAUUAGAUACAGCCAAAGGAGUAGAUCUGUGGUGAUUUGAUCU